AUGCAGAAAACCGAUCCAUCUUACGGGGAUUUGGAUAACUUCAUCCCAAACGCAUGCAUCACGACGCCUGAUUCUUUCGAGCAUGUCAAACACGCCGCCGAUUGGUUCGCAGAUGACAUCAACGCUGAUGCUCUUGAACUGGAGAUGAAAUUAAUUCGUUCCUCGAAGAUGAUCAAAGAUAUCCUGGCCAAGGAAACGAAAGAACGAAAGCCGUCUUUGGUUGAUUUAUACCGCGAACUUCUUCAAGAACCCGAAUGCUUCCCCAAUUUGUCAAAAAUUAUUAAGAUUGCCCUUACUCUCCCUUUGACAUCAGCAUCUGCUGAGAGAUCAUUUUCGAAGCUGAAAAUAAUAAAAAAUCGCCUGAGGUCGACGAUGAGGCAAGAUCGACUAGAAUCGCUGAUGCUCAUGUCCGUGGAAUCUGACAUUUGUCGGGGCCUCGACAUCGAAGGACUCGUUGAACGAUUUACCAACGCAGCUCCCCGAAGAUGGAACUUGUACUAA